UAUGCCUUUCAAACAGCGAAAAUUGCUAUGAUGGGAUACCGAUCAGUAGGUAAAUCAUCCCUCAUCAUACAAUUCGUAGAAGGACAAUUUGUGGACUCGUACGACCCUACGAUAGAAAACACUUUCACAAAGUACAUUCGCUUGAACUCAACUGAAUAUGAAGUAAAGCUUGUGGACACAGCAGGACAGGAUGAAUAUAGUAUAUUUCCAUUACAAUACAGCAUGGAUUUUCAUGGCUAUGUUUUAGUUUAUUCUAUCACUUCAAGCAAGAGUUUUCAAAUAGUACAAAUUAUUUAUGACAAACUUUUAGAUAUGGUGGGCAAAAUACAUGUCCCUAUAGUUUUAGUUGGUAACAAAACAGAUCUUCACUUGGAAAGGAAAAUAAGCACUGAAGAAGGUAAAAGGCUAGCUGAGAAAUGGAAGGCUGCAUUUGUAGAAACUAGUGCAAAAAGAAAUGAGUCUGUAACUGACAUGUUUCAUGCUAUACUGUCAGAAAUAGAGAUCAGAUGGACAUAUACCAGACAAAAUGGAUGUGUUGUUUCCUAAUCCAAAAGUUUAUUUAAUGAACAAAGUGCUUUUUACUUAAGCUAAAGUGAUUUAGAUCUAGUGUUUGUAUGUGCACAGCUAUUAUCUAGCAAUUAGUUUGGGGAACAAGACACCUUAUCACUGACAUUGUCAUAGCCAAAGUUUAGUUACAAUUUGUUACUGUAUACUUACUAUUAAUAAGUUACAAGCAUAAUUGUGAUGGUUGCUUUUCUGAUGAUUUUACAGUUUGCUUUAAAUCUUCAAUAGUAAUCUCUUUUGAUGAAUAUUACUAAGUUUGCAUGGGACAAAUGAUCAAAACAUAAAAGUGG